UCUCUCUUCUUCCACAGCAUUCCACCAUCUCUAACCACCACCACCAUAAUCAUCAUCAAUCGUAAUUGUAGCUUAUUUAUCCUCAUGACUACAUAAUUUUUAAAUUAACUAUUUAAUUUUUUACCCCUCUUUUUAACAGUUAUUUACUUAUUCAAUGACAAGAUUCUCGUGCUUAUAAUUUGGGUGGCACCUCCAGUUCAGGAAGUGUCGUCGACUCUCUCUCUCUCUCUCUCUCUCUCUCUCUCUCUCUCAGCUCUUUCUGAGUUUAUCAGAAAAUGGCUCUCUCUGCAUUUGCUUUUCCUUCUUACAUAAGCAGAGGAACUACACCGACAGACUCUUACAAAUCAGCACCUUUGUCUUCUUCAUCGUCCUUGUCAACAGAUUUUCCAUCUGUAUCCUCCGGAAAAACCACCGUCCAUUCCAAAAGAAAGCCGGGUGGUGUUUAUGCCUCACUUGCAGAGAAGGGUGAGUACUAUGCCAAUAGACCACCAACCCCUUUACUGGACACAAUCAAUUACCCAAUCCACAUGAAAAAUCUUUCUGUCAAGGAGCUGAAACAGCUGUCCGACGAGUUGAGAUCCGAUGUGAUCUUCAACGUCUCGAAAACCGGCGGACACUUGGGGUCUAGCCUCGGUGUCGUCGAGCUGACCGUCGCCCUUCAUUACGUCUUCAAUUCUCCUCAGGACAGGAUUCUCUGGGAUGUCGGUCACCAGUCUUAUCCUCACAAGAUUCUGACGGGGAGAAGAGGUAAGAUGAAUACACUGAGACAGACCAAUGGACUGUCUGGUUUCACCAAGCGAGCGGAGAGCGAGUACGAUUGCUUUGGCGCCGGUCACAGCUCCACAACCAUUUCUGCAGGCUUGGGUAUGGCAGUGGGAAGGGAUUUAAAGGGGAGGAACAACAAUGUGGUAGCUGUUAUAGGAGACGGUGCUAUGACGGCCGGGCAGGCUUACGAGGCCAUGAACAACGCCGGAUACUUAGACUCCGACAUGAUCGUAAUUCUCAAUGACAACAAGCAAGUCUCUCUGCCCACGGCUACAUUGGAUGGACCGGCCCCUCCUGUCGGAGCUUUGAGCAGUGCUCUUAGUAAGUUGCAGUCUAACCGACCUCUCAGAGAGUUGAGGGAAGUCGCCAAGGGUGUAACGAAGCAAAUUGGUGGGCCGAUGCACGAAUUGGCUGCAAAAGUUGACGAAUACGCUCGUGGAAUGAUAAGUGGGUCUGGAGCUACGCUGUUUGAAGAACUCGGUCUCUACUAUAUCGGUCCGGUUGAUGGUCACAACAUAGACGAUCUAGUGGCUAUCCUGAAUGAAGUCAAGAGUACACGGACAACUGGACCGGUCCUUAUCCAUGUUGUGACCGAGAAAGGUCGCGGAUAUCCAUACGCCGAGAGAGCUACCGACAAAUACCAUGGAGUUGUGAAAUUCGAUCCGGCGACCGGUAAACAGUUCAAAACCAGCGCGAAGACUCAGUCUUACACGACGUAUUUUGCCGAGGCUUUGAUUUCGGAAGCAGAGGCGGAUAAAGAUGUAGUUGCCAUUCAUGCGGCGAUGGGAGGAGGAACAGGGUUGAAUCUCUUCCAGCGUCGUUUCCCGACGAGAUGCUUCGAUGUCGGAAUAGCGGAACAGCACGCCGUUACUUUCGCUGCUGGUUUGGCCUGCGAAGGUGUCAAGCCGUUCUGCGCAAUCUACUCGUCUUUCUUGCAACGGGCUUACGACCAGGUUGUGCAUGACGUUGAUCUGCAGAAAUUGCCGGUGAGAUUCGCAAUGGAUAGAGCUGGACUUGUCGGAGCAGAUGGUCCGACGCAUUGUGGAGCUUUCGACGUUACGUUUAUGGCGUGUCUCCCGAAUAUGGUAGUGAUGGCUCCAUCCGAUGAGGCCGAGCUUUUCCACAUGGUCGCCACUGCUGCAGCCAUAGACGACCGUCCUUCUUGCUUCCGUUACCCGAGAGGAAAUGGCAUCGGUGUCCCACUUCCCCUGGGAAACAAAGGGGUUCCUCUCGAGAUCGGGAGAGGUAGGAUACUGAUGGAAGGCGAGAGGGUUGCGCUCUUGGGCUAUGGCUCGGCGGUUCAGAGCUGUGUAGCGGCGGCGGCCAUGCUCAAAGACCGAGACGUGAAUGUAACGGUUGCGGAUGCGAGAUUUUGCAAGCCGCUGGACCGUGAUCUCAUCCGAAAACUGGCUAAGUCUCACGAGGUUCUGAUCACAGUCGAAGAAGGAUCGAUUGGCGGGUUUGGCUCUCACGUUGUACAGUUCCUCGCUCUCGACGGUCUUCUUGACGGCAAACUCAAGUGGACACCGAUGGUGCUGCCAGAUCGAUACAUUGACCACGGAUCGCCGUCAGAUCAGCUGGCCGAGGCCGGGCUGACGCCUUCCCAUAUCGCGGCCACCGUCAUGAACUUACUCGGCAGCCCGAGAGAAGCCUUGUUUUGAAAGAACACGACAAAGCCGAUGAUACGAUACAAUUCUUUCGACACUGUGGAGCAGAAACAGGAUCUAACCAUGCGAGCAGGAACCGUGUUAGAUAGAGUUCCCUCCAGACGGAAAAUGUCGGAAGAUCUUCUGCAACUGUCGGAACUGGACAGAGGUGGUUGCAGAAAGAUGAAGAUGGAGUUAUAGAGCCGUUGAAGAAACUGCAAAUCUUAUCAUUUUGUAUCAAAAGUAUUAGUUUUUUUUUUAAAUUUCUGGGUGUGAUAAUAAAAUUGGUUUCUGAAUAUAUACAUCUAUUGAAGAACAGUUCCCACA